AUGCUGAGCAAAGUCGAUCCUGUGGCGCAAGAAAGAGAGUACAUCGCGAUCUCCGACCAUGCCCUGAUCGGAAACCUUAGAACGGCCGCGAUGGUUAGCAUAGACGGAUCCAUCGAGUCGUAUUGCAUCCCGGAGUUUGAUUCUCCUUCUAUCUUCGCACGCAUCCUAGACAAGGACAAGGGAGGUCAUUUCUCCAUCACGCCCGCGGUCGCAUUCACUACCAAGCAAAACUAUCUACCAAGCUCCAAUGUUCUGCAGACGAAGUUUCUGAACGAAGAGGGUGUCGUGUCUGUCACUGACUUCUUGCCCCGCAACCCGGCUUCUGCUGCACAUAAGCCGCUGCUUCAUUGGCUCGUACGUCGAGUCGAGGUCAUCCGCGGCCGUAUGCCAGUUCGGAUGGAGUGUGCGCCUGCUUUCGAUUACGCUCGCGCGACCCACGAAACCACCAUCGUUCCGGACGAUACUAUUCCUCAAGCAGAGGACGGGCCGACUCCCCAUAAGAAGGCCAUCUUCAAGUCCAAGGAGUUGACUCUUGACCUACGGUUUGUAACCGAGUCUACUAUCGAUAGCGUUGCCUGCCCCGCGGGGGAUCUCAGAGAGCUUGACCUGUUACAGCGCGGUCACAAGGGGUUGGCCGUCUGUAUGGAUCUCGACUUGGAGGAGGGACAAGCAAUCACCUUCGUACUCAGGACACCACCAGACGAAGCUACUAUCCGUGUCGACGCAGCCAUUCGCCCAACCGAGCAGAAAGCCAAGGAACUCGGCGUUUCAUUCGAUCGGUUGCUUCGCGGUGCUUCAAAUCUCCGUGAUGCUAGCGACCCUAUGCUGACAAGGACCCUGCUCGCCGACCUCUUGCGCGGGACCAACAACUACUGGAACACCUGGAUCCGAGGAUCGAAGUAUUCUGGGUCAUGGAAGGAAGCCGUACAUCGCAGUGCACUCGCUCUUAAGCUCCUCACGUAUGAGCCAACUGGUGCAAUUGUGGCGAGCCCAACUUUCAGCUUGCCCGAGUUCAUCGGCGGUACAAGGAACUGGGACUAUCGGGCAUCGUGGAUCCGAGACAGCUCUUUCACGCUGUACGCGCUCAUUCGUUUGGGAUUCACGACUGAGGCGAACGCCUACAUGGAUUUCAUCUACGAGCGCCUUCAAGACAAGAACGAGGACGGUGGUUUGCAGAUCAUGUACACCAUUCACGGCGGCAAGAUCUUCCCCGAGGAAGAACUCACCCAUCUCGAUGGACACAAGGGUAGCAAACCCGUACGAAUCGGGAAUGGAGCCAUCGACCAUAUUCAGCUUGAUAUAUACGGAGAGCUGAUGGAUUGUAUCUAUCUUGGACAAAAGUAUGGUCGACCGCUCAGCUACGACACCUGGAUCGCCGUGCGCGGACUUGUUGAUUACGUGGUCGAACACCGUAACGAUGUUGACCUUUCUAUCUGGGAGGUUCGCAACAAGAUGAGGCACUUCACGUACUCGAAGGUCAUGCUUUGGGUAGCGAUUGACCGUGGCAUUCGUCUCGCUGAGAAGCGCUCCUUCCCGUGUCCCAACCGCAUGCAGUGGUACACGGCGCGCGAUGAGUUGUACGAACAGAUCAUGAGCAAGGCAUGGAACGAUGAGAGGAAGAUCUUUGGGCAGAGUUACGAGGCCACCGAUGUCCUCGAUAGCGCUGUUCUCAUCAUGCCACUUGUCUUCUUCUGCUCUGCGUCUGAACCGAGGUUUUUGUCGACACUGCGCGAGAUCUUGAAGACCCCCGAGCGUGGUGGGCUGACUGCCAACAAUCUCGUCUACCGCUAUAACGCACUGACAUCCGAUGAUGGCGUGGGGGGUGAGGAAGGCACAUUCUGUCUGUGUACCCUUUGGUGUAUUGAGGCACUCGGUCGCGCUGGUCAAUAUGACAAGAAAAUGUUGGAACAGGCAGUCCGCAUGUUCGAGGACUUCCUCCAGUACACAAACCACGUGGGAUUAUGCACGGAGGAAGUGUCGCCUUCGGGAGAUGGUCUCGGUAACGCUGUUCAGGGCUUCACCCAUGUCACGCUCAUCUCAGCCGCAUUCAACCUCUCCAGGACGCUUGGAUUUGUCAGGGAUGCUUGA